AUGAAGUCAAUCCUAGAUGGCCUCGCAGACACAACUUUCCGAACAAUUACAACAGAUCUUCUUUACAUGGGUUCCAACGAUAUCCAGGGUGAUCCUUUCCAAGAAAAAAUGACUGCAGGAGAUGAUCCCCUAUUAAGUAUCAUUCCAUCGGAUCAGAUCAAUAUUACAGAUUUUUACAACAAGUCCCUAUCCACUUUCAAGGAUAAUGAGGAGAAUCUACAAUGUGGGGAGAACUUCAUGGAUAUGGAGUGCUUUAUGAUUCUAAACCCCACCCAGCAGCUGGCCAUUGCAGUGCUGUCCCUUACCCUGGGCACCUUCACCGUUCUGGAGAACCUUCUAGUGCUGUGUGUUAUCCUGCACUCUCGAAGCCUCCGGUGCAGGCCUUCCUACCAUUUCAUUGGCAGCUUGGCAGUGGCUGACCUCCUGGGCAGUGUAAUUUUCGUCUACAGUUUUGUUGAUUUCCAUGUUUUCCAUCGGAAAGACAGUCCUAAUGUGUUUCUGUUCAAGUUGGGUGGAGUUACAGCCUCAUUCACUGCCUCAGUAGGCAGCCUUUUCCUUACUGCAAUAGACAGGUACAUAUCUAUACACAGGCCACUAGCUUACAAAAGAAUUGUUACCAGGCCAAAGGCUGUCGUAGCAUUCUGUGUGAUGUGGACCAUAGCUAUCGUAAUAGCUGUUCUUCCUCUGCUCGGCUGGAACUGCAAAAAACUCAAUUCUGUUUGUUCAGACAUCUUCCCUCUCAUUGAUGAGACCUAUCUAAUGUUCUGGAUUGGGGUCACCACUGUACUCCUGCUGUUUAUUGUAUAUGCCUAUAUGUACAUAUUGUGGAAAGCUCAUAGUCAUGCUGUUAGAAUGAUUCAGCGUGGCACUCAAAAAAGCAUAAUAAUUCAUACCACCGAGGAUGGUAAAGUACAUAUUACUAGACCUGAUCAAACUCGUAUGGACAUCAGGUUAGCCAAAACCUUGGUCCUUAUUCUGGUGGUUUUAAUCAUAUGCUGGGGCCCUCUACUUGCAAUUAUGGUGUAUGAUGUCUUUGGGAAAAUGAACAAGCUCAUCAAGACUGUCUUUGCAUUCUGUAGCAUGCUCUGUUUGAUGAAUUCAACAGUGAAUCCCAUCAUCUAUGCUCUAAGAAGCAAGGACUUGAGACAUGCUUUUCGGAGCAUGUUUCCAACCUGUGAAGGGACUACGCAGCCUCUUGAUAACAGUAUGGAGUCUGACUGCCAGCACAAACAUGCUAACAAUGCAGGUAAUGUUCACAGGGCAGCUGAAAGCUGUAUUAAGAGCACAGUUAAGAUCGCCAAAGUGACCAUGUCUGUCUCCACAGACACAACUGCAGAGGCAUUGUAA